AUUAUCAUUACGUAUUAUCAUUAAUCAGCUCCUUAUAUCACCUCGCUCCUUACCACAUUCCCUCACCCGUUGUUUGCCCAAAUAUUUGAUUUCUUACGUGUUUAGCAGCUCGUUAAAUCUAUAUAUCUAUUUACUUUUUUUCGUUCACUCAACUCUGUUCCAUUCCUGAAAUCGUCUAUAGAAUAGCCAACCACUCGAGUGUUCUAUAUAGUGAUAGCUUCUGGUUUUAGUAAUCCCUUGAAUAGAACAUUCAUUUAGAGUGGAUACAAAUCUUCUUUCAAGUAACUGAGAAAAUUAGUAAAACUAGUAUAACAGAUUGGCUAGACUACUCACAUUGGACGAUAUCGAAGACCUGGAACCGUGCUCUGACAUCAAGAAGCGAGCGCGACUGAAGCAUUUCACCUGUGAAAAUUUGCCACAGAAGUAUUGAAUAUUAGAGACGCGGAAAUACAUCUGUAGUGCUACUCAAGUCUAAUGUCUACGAAUCCUGGACCUAAUGAGUUGUUUUCAACAUUUUAUGAAGAAGUCAAGGCUAUUGAGAAGCGAGAUUCAGUAUUAACCCCGAAGCAACAAAUAGAUAGACUUAAUCGGCCUGGAUCAACUUAUUUUAAUUUGAAUCCAUAUGAUGUUUUACAAGUGGAUCCUGAUGCAGCAAUGGCUGAUAUAAAAAAGAAAUACAGACAGCUAUCUCUGCUUGUACAUCCGGAUAAAAACCCAGAUGAUAUUGAAAGAUCUCAGAAAGCUUUCGAAGCUGUAAACAAGGCUUACAAGACUCUGGAUGACCCCGAGACUUCCCGCAAAUGCAAAGAAGUAGUGGAGGAAGCGAAAGAUCUUGUUGAACAAAUGAUGGUUGAAAAACGGAAACGUGUUAAAAAGACAAGCGGAUCUAUUACGAUUGAAGAAGAUGACCCUGAAAAGCGGCGUCAUGCCAUAUAUGUGCAAACAUGCAAACUGUUCGCUGAUCUUGAGAGAUUAAGGGUGGAAGAAGAGCAAAAACAGUGUUCAGAAAGAAAACGCAAAGCUGAAGAGGAGGAGGAAGGAAGAAAACUCAUGGCGUAUGACAAAGAGUGGAAAAAGAAUUAUGAAGAAAGUCGUGUUAAUCGUGUUGCAAGUUGGCGAGAUUUCAAGGCGAAAAAGUCCAAAACGUCAAAAGGUAUAGGCGGUUUAAAACCACCGAAAACAAAAAUGGAACAAAGACCCGGUUAACAAAACAGGAUCUUCAAUACGUAUAUUUCUAUCCGCUUUGUAGAAAAAAAAAUAACUAUUUGUAAAAAAGAAGUAUUCUCCUUGCAACUCAUAUUAUUGUCAUACUAGUUAUGUACUAUCAUUUUGAUCACUUCUUGCCCUCUGUGUAUAUGUAUCAUUUCAAAUGAAAACAAAACAAUUUCGUAAAUCCAAA